AUUUUGAAGGCCUAUGCAAGUACGAAGUUCCAACAUUUAUUGACAUGUAUCAAGGAUUCAGCCACGGUCUCAAAAUAUUUUCUACAACACAACUCGGUUGAUGGAUGUCGUCUGCAACAUUUACGUCAGCACCGGAGGGCGGGAAUUCGAAGUCCAGCAGGGAAUAAAAAAGAACCGCUAGAGUCGAGCUGGGACUCUUACCUGCACAAUCCCCCCGGCACCCCAACUUUCAUUUCUGACACCACACAUUACGGUUACACGCGUGUAUACACGGUGUCCUCAGUGAGAGAGAUGCUCGUUGAUUAACACAAACAAUCUUUUUACUUUCCACCGCUACGGAUUUGUUUGUCUGUUUCCACAAGUCGGAAAUCUCUCAUUGAAAAUCUCAACAAGCCAGAACUCUCAGUUUAUACGGCAUUACGACUUGGACUUUAUGAGCGAGAUAGAAAAACGGCACAUCAAGACAAAACAUUUGGGGCAAAGAAGUUUCUACUCGUGGAGGAGUUUGGUUUGAGGUGACUAGCUGUAUCUUAUUGCUUGUCGGCGCUUGGGGGUUUCCACUGCCACACACGGUGCUGAAUGUUCUAAUUGACAGUGUGGUCUUGUUAUAGGGAGAUAUUAAGACUCAAGGCAGUUACAGACCAGAACAUUAUCAAAAGGGAGACGGCAAGACCACUAUCUGGAACAAGAUUUCGUUCGUCAAAUUCCGACACUGACGUCUUCUGAGGACUAGGGGUCGGUCGAAGACUUGUCGCCAUCUUUGAAGCCUACGUCGAAUCUAAUUCUUGAUUGAGAAUUCACAAACAUUGGUUGAGAUUCAUUACUCAUUUGACGGAUGAACCAGUCGAGUAAUUAAUCAGACAAGAAUUUCUAUUCAACUCAAGCAGUUUAAAAAGAACUUUCCAAUUCUGCAAUCAGAGGAAGAUCGAGAGUGGUUUAAAACCGAGAGGUUGAUUUUGUUUUUUAUUGAAGAGGGAUUUUUUUCAAACCAACCGGCCUCAUGAUGAUGGAAGAGCCCCACUCGGAGUCGGCGAUCUACUCCACGCCGACUUGUGUCCAGCUAGGAAUACCCAUGAGCGACUGCCCAACGGCGGGCGGUAUGUACCCACUACGAGAGCACGGCAACAACACAGACGUCACCUUACCUAUACCGAACUAUCUCGACCCUCGCUACACCGGCUCGUUCAUGGGGCACUACAGCAGCUACGUCCCCAUGCCGAGUCCGUUCGGCUUCUACGACCUAGAGCCGUCGUUCAUCAGACGACGGAACGAGCGAGAGCGGGAGAGAGUACGGAACGUCAACGAAGGGUACGCGCGGCUCCGGGAACACCUACCGACGGAAAACCCCGAGAAACGGUUGAGUAAAGUGGAGACACUCCGGACGGCUAUACGGUACAUCAAGCAGCUCCAAGGUGUGCUCCACACGGAAGAACAAAAAGAGAAUAACUGUGACUCAGAAACAGAUAGAGGGUCGUUUGAAGACUCAGAAGAAGGCGAAAAGUGAUUUUUUUUAAAUAACACAAAACAUUGCUUGUAAAUAUAUAAUUAUAGCUUGUAUUUAUUUACUACACUGAUCCAUCUAAUAUAUGAAAGACUAAUCAUUAUAAAGAGAAUGAUAGACCAAAUUUCCAUGAGUGUACUUCUCAUGUAUAGGCAUUCAUUAUGGCAGUACCUUGAGUUAGAAAUACACUAUUUUUAUGACCACAGUUUUCUUACAAACCUCAUCAGCCGAAUGUGUGUAAAAUAAUAUAUGUCGGCAAAGCCACCAGACUCUGCAAUAAUUUUGAAUUUAUCAAGAUAAGACGCCGUUACAAUCGUUCGAUUGUUAAUGUAAUUGGCGAAUAAUAUUUAGGCCCAGGCAGGAAGAAUAAUCCCUCGUCCGUUAACGUCUAGCAGUCUACGCUACAUGUAGGUGGUCAUUUUCAAAUUCAUCUCAUAAAUCUUUUAAAUAUCAUGAGUUUGGUGUAUCAUACAGCUCUAAAGACACUGGACACAAUUGGUAAUUGUCAAAGACCAGUUUUCUCACUUGGUGUAUCCCAACAUAUGCAUAA